AUGCUUAGCCCUGGUUCACGUUGUGCAGAAAUUCAUAUAUUAUCUACUGUCAAACAAAGUGGUGUUAAUAUCCAGAGUGACCCUAUCAAGUUCUUACCCUCAAAACCGGCCUUGAUAGGCAGACCGACCAAAUGGAUGCUCCAAACGUCUGAGUUUGAUAUAACGUGUGCUCCUCUAAAAGAUAUCAAAGGGAAAGCGGUGGCAGAUCUGCUAGCAGCAUUCCCAGAAGAAGGUACUACCGCACUGCAUGAAGACCUUCCUGGGGAAUUUCCAGAAAUCUCUUUUAUCAAAGAGGAGGCGUGGCUAUUAUAUUUCGACGGUUCUGAUACUCCUAGUAAUAACACUGGAGGAGCGGGUAUAGUUCUAGUGUCUCCAACGAGUGAAGUCUUUUCACAUUCUUUCAAGUUGGACUUUCAAUGCACCAACAAUUCGGCAGAAUACGAAGCCUUCCUCAUAGAAUUGUCACUAUCCAAACAAGCAGGAGACACACACUUAGAAGUAAGAGGCGACUCUAAGUUACUGGUCAAUCAGAUGAAUGGGGUUUACUCACUCAAGGAGAUAACGCUGCCCCCCUAUAGAUCUGAGGCGCAAGAUCUAUUGAAUAACUUUUCUGAUGCGACCAUAACCCAUAUUGGCCGCAAUAAGAACAAACACGCCGAUUGCCUAGCCAUAUUGUCCUCAAAGCUGCAAUUCGAAGGUUCGAAAGAAACUUUGAUCAUAAGGAGGCGGACUGUGGCGUCGAAAUAG